UUCACUUGGGCUGCUGCUGAAGCUAAGCUUUGCAAAGAAUUAAUUCUGAUUUGUUUUUGAAUGCUAGAGUUGGGGGAAAUGGAGAGAAGAUAUUUGUUUGCUUGAUUCCACAUGACAACUCCAGGGUAACUGAAUAGACUGUACGGUUGGUUUGACAAGGCUAUGCACUGAGCCAGCAGCUUCACAUACCAGAGAGAGGGGCUGAAAUGGGGACUCUGACAAUUGUAAUGGAUUUUAUCAGACUUUCUCUAAGACCAACUAUUUUGUCUUCAGUUGUUAAUGUUUUUCAGAGGUUUCCCUUCUGAGAGAUCGUGGCAGAAGAGGCCUCAAAAUGUGCAAAAGGUUUACUGUACCUAAUAAACUGCUGACUAGGUUAUGGGUUGCUACAUCACCAGCCUCAUUUGACUGAAGCACAUGGUACAAGCAGAGAUUUGUCUGACUGGCAGAACACAUAAGCCAUGCAUCAUCUGUUUGGUCUGGUUUUGGGACAAAAGGACCUUUCACGUGCAGGGGAUCUAUUCUCCUUAGAUGAUGCUGAGAUAGAAGGAAGCCUGUCAGAAGCUCUUGAGCAAAUAAAAAUAAUUAGUUCAUCUCCAGACUACCAGACUAACGACAAUGACCAGGCAGUGGUGGAAAUCUGUAUCACUCGAAUCACCACUGCUAUCAGGGAGACUGCAUCCAUAGAAAAACAUGGAAAGGCACUUGUGGCCCUCUGGGAGUCGUGUUUAGAGCACAAUCUAAAACCUUCAGGAAAAGAUGAGGACACACCACAUGCAAAAAUUGCAUCUGAUAUCAUGAGUUGCAUUUUGCAGAAUUACAAUCGACCUCCAAUAAUGGCUUUAGCUGUCCCAGUGGCAGUGAAAUUUCUCCAGAGGGGUAACAAGGAACUGUGCAGAAACAUGUCAAGUUACCUAUCCCUAGCUGCAAUUACCAAAGCAGAUCUGCUGGCUGAUCACACAGACGCAAUUGUGAAAAGUGUCCUUCAAGGAAAUUCCAUGUUGCUGCGCGUGUUGCCUUCUGUGUAUGAAAAGCAGCCACAGCCAAUUAACAACCAUCUGAUGGAGCUGGUGACACUGAUGUCUCAGCUGGAGCAAGCAGAACAACACCAUCUUCUAAGGCUAUUUCAGAUAGUGGCAAGGAGAAAGCAACCUGAGGUGCUAAAAGAAUGUAUCCCUUUCCUAAUUGGUCACUUACGAGACCCUAACCAUAAUGACAUUAUCCUAAAUAUACUGAUAGAAAUAUCAGGCUAUGAACCGGUAGCCAUGACCAGUUUUCUUCCAAUGCUGAAAGAGAUUGGUGAGAGUUUUCCAAGCCUGAUUGGACAAACCGCAAAGAUCUAUGGAGCUGUUGGGCACGUUGAUGAGGAGAGAGCCAGGAUGUGUCUGAUCUAUUUGGUAAAUCAGCUGGCCAACAUGGAGCACUCAUUUCACCAUAUUCUUCUGCUGGAGAUUAAGAACAUCACUGACACCUUCUCAAAUAUUCUGGGCAACCAGAGCAGAGAUAUCUACCGUAUGAGUAACAGUUUCACUGCCAUAGCCAAGCUUCUUAUCCGACAACUGGAAAACGACACCACAUUAGGAAGCAGGACAGAAAAUGAUGCUGAAACAGAAUCUCCUGUACAGUUGGAUGAUUUAAAAUCAGUUAUGAAUGAAAAUGAAGAGGAUGAAAAGCUUCAAGUUAAAAUACAGGCUUUUGAAGAAAAAAUAAAUAUUGACAACAGUACUCCUGGCUCUGUGCGUAGAUAUAGUUUAGGCCAGGUUUCUAAAGAAGAAAGGAAGGAUAUGAGAUUUAACAGGUCCAAAAGUCUAGCUUUACAUGCAAUCCGUACAAAGGGGAUGAAUUCAGACAAUGGACAAGACAUGGACAAUGGAGAUAUAGCAGCUGGCAUCUCUUUCACAGAAAUUUAUCUUAGCCAAGAAAAUGACAAAUUGCCUCUUAGUCCAGACACUGAAGAAUCACAGCUGGAAAAUUCUUCAGUUUCACACCCAAGUAUCAAAUGUACAGAAUCAGAAAAUUUGCCAGGAUCUGUUAAAGAAAACUGCCAUGAAGGAAGUACAGAGACAAUAAAAAAUCUUGUGGAAUAUCAGGAUAAGCUUUACUUGCACUUAAAGGAAAAUCUUAGUAAAGUGAAAGCAUAUGUCAUGGAGAUUGGGAAGAAAAUUCCUAGCCCAGAUCAGUGUAUUAUUGAAGAUACUGUUAGAAGUUGUGUAGCAAAGCUGUUCUUCAGCUGCCCCCUGAAGGGUCAUUACUGCCUAUACAGUAAAUCCAGUUUUACUCUCAUCAGCCGACAGCCUCAGCUAUGGAUCCAUAUCAUGUUUCUCUUUCAGCAGAACUUGUUUCCAGAACCCUUGUCCAUACAAAGUAACUCUGUGCAAGUCCUUAAAACCCUGUGGGAGAAGACACAGCUGAAGGGAACACAUGGUUUUGAAACUGCGAUGAUUCAAUCUACAUUUCCACACCAGAAGGAUCUGGACCAUGUUCAGAUGCAUCUGGAAGAAGUGAGGUUCUUUGAUUUAUUUGGAUACAGUGAGGAAGCAGGAACAUGGCAGUGUUUCAUGUGCAAUAAUCCGGAAAAGGCAACAGUUGUAAAUCAAGAUGGACAACCUCUGAUUGAAGGCAAGCUGAAAGAAAAGCAAGUUAGAUGGAAGUUUAUCAAAAGAUGGAAAACUCGCUAUUUCACUCUCGCUGGCAAUCAGCUUCUGUUUCGCAAAGGAAAAUCUAAAGAUGAUCCAGACGACUGCCCCAUUGAACUCAGUAAGGUACAGAGUGUAAAAGUUGUGGCCAAGAAGCGCAGAGACCGCAGCCUUCCUCGGGCCUUUGAAAUCUUCACCAACAAUAAGACCUAUGUUUUCAAGGCCAAAGACGAGAAGAAUGCUGAAGAGUGGCUUCAGUGCAUCAAUGUAGCCGUAGCACAAGCUAAAGAAAGGGAAAGCAGAGAGGCAACCACGUAUCUGUAAAACCGUCAGCCUAACACUGAGCUUUUGCAUCUGCCUUUGAAAUGCAAAGAUACUUCAUCCUGUUUAUCACAGAACCAAACAAAGUGAUAAGAAACAAACCUUAUUUGUGGGAGUAGUCCCUGUGGAUUCAGUGGUUUUGGCUACUGCAGGGAACGCUCAAGUGAGUAAUGGCUGCAAGAUCAGGCCCGUAGACAGUUACCAUUGGCAACAAAGUAGCUCAAAGCAACUCAUCUAAUUGCUAUAAAGUGAAUAUCUUUCCGACGGUGACUUUAGUUUACAGCUGAUGUGGUGAAAGAGGCUCCUUUUGAACAUACAUGGAAUUUACAUAGCAAAUUCUAUAUUUUGCAGCAUAUUUUAUUGUUAGAUGAUAUCGGUAGCAAAUGAUAUUGAGAAACUAAUCUGACAGACACUGGUACACAAAAGCUGCCCUGUAGCACUAUUUUUCAGUAUGUAUAUAUUUACAUUUUUCUCACUUUGUUACGUAAGCAGCUAAUCUAGAAUGUUAACCCCUGCAAAGUAAAGUGGUUUAUGUAAUAAAAUCCAGCAUUCCAAGCUAUUUUUGCCUAUCCUUUUAAGGUGACUUGAUACAGGCUGAAGUGUAUAUAUGUGAUUAUAUCGUGAUGGUGGUGGUGGUAUCUCAUUUUACCCUCUGCUAAAAGCAGCAAAAGAAAAUCUCUUGCAGGUAGUAACAUUUGCAGAGAUUUCAAAGUCCAGACAUUUCCAAAAAGGCCAUUUUCAUGGGGAAAAAAGUUUCAAAUGAAACAUUUUGAACUGCUUUAAUCAUUAUUCUUUUAAAAGAUUUGUGUCUUUGGUUUGAUGAGAGAAAGAGUCCAUAGUAUAUUUUCAAAUGUUUCUUGCAAAUGCAAAGGUAUUACAAAGCCAGAAGUACAUUCAGCUUUGCAACGGAUCCUCUAUUUUAUAUGGCUUCUAAUAGGUCAAUGUUUGGUCAGUUUGUUUAGGUUUCAAAUCAUAGGCAUGGCCUGAGGCGAAAUGGGUAAAUGCUAAGGGUGCAAUUCAAGCCAUUAUGAUAAAGUAAGACUUAAGUGAUUUCAAUGUCAGAGAUCAAUAUGCUAAGAGAAAAAUUGAAGAUAAGGUGAAAACACAGUGCUGUGUCAAUUGAGAAUAUGAAGAACUGUAAGGCACUGAAGGAUCAAACCAAUGAC